GGACAAUGGAUUUCAUAAAGCAACUGAAUAAAUUUGAGCCAUACAAGAAAUUUGAGUCUUCAGCCUUUGAUGGCGUUUAUAAGUACAGAUUUGCAUUUCCUUUCGAACACAUUAAUGACCCUCGAUUUUGGACUGUAGACAUAUUUCAACGUUACUGGUACCAUAGUUUCACUAUUUCAAUUCUAUAUAUCAUGCUUGUCAAAGCUUUGCAAAAAGCCAUGGUGAAUAGGAAACCGUUUUCUUUGGAAAAGCCAUUGAUAGUUUGGAACUGUUCAUUAGCAGCUUUCAGUAUAUUGGGUACACUAAGAACGUCCGAGGAUAUUUUCUCUGGCAUUUACAAACAUGGAAUUUUGAAAAACCUGUGCAUAACAUCCGAUUCACACAGCGUGGCUGGUUUUUGGAUUCUUUUAUUCACAUUAUCAAAGAUUGUUGAGCUCGGUGACACAGUUUUCAUUGUAUUACGCAAAAGACGCUUGAUCUUCUUACAUUGCUAUCACCAUGCUGCGGUUCUCGUCUACUCGCUACAUACAAUUGCUGAACACGGUACACCAGGACGAUGUUUCGUUUUUAUGAACUUCUUUUCUCAUUCGUUAAUGUAUUCGUAUUAUGCCGCAAAAGCAAAGCGAAUGGAGCCGAGCAAAGAAGCUCAAGCGGUGGACGAGCACAUGGACGCUGAGAAUAUGCCGGCAGCCAUCCAAGACCUCAAAAAGAAGGGAGGUGAAGUGGAAAAAGCCAAACAUGCCCCGGCAGUGCAAUCCAAGGCGGACUGGAGUGCUGUUCGAACAAAGCUUGAACAGCUCUGCGUCGGGAUCACCGCGUUUGCAUUCAAAGGACAGGGACGUGGAACCCAAAGAGGUGUGUCGCUGUUGAGCCCACUCGAAAAGGGACAUCUGCUCUUCAAAUGCGGAGACGACUACGCCCUGAAAGCUGUCUUGAAGCUCGCUUACGACACCUGCAUCGACUGGACAGACUUUCUUUGCAACACGGACGCAAUUACGAAACACGCCAAGAUCGAAGGGCAUUCUAUUGAGAGAUCUUACAAUGAAGCAUUACAAGCAUUCCGUCGAGAGAUUGAGGGACAGGCCACGAAGGAGCUACCCACCAAGUCUGGACCAGUUGGAUACGCCACUUUCGAGGGAGGAAGCCCCAUGGAAAGAGAUGGCACUCGAGGAAGAGUGGCAACAAAAGUAGCAACGACGUUCGCUAGACUGCUUGACGUGCUAGAAGAAUGGCGCUCAUACAAAGCCUGGGUGAUAGUGUGGCCAUUGGAUAGUAAUCCAGCCGAUGAUGUUCCGCAGAAGAUGAUGGUAGCGGCGAAGGAAUACCUUGAGGAGGGCGGAAAAAUAGUUACUGCAUGGCCACCGAUAACGUCGAAGAAUCAUGAUUUGUGGCGUGAACUAUCGGGACUAUGGAAGACUUUUGAUGAAACGCUGAUACAGUGCGACAAGGGGAGGCAAGUCUUCACAACCGCGAGCAACUUUGGAAUGAAAGGGAAGCUGUUUAUAGAGGCAGGAGCCCCGGAAGGAGGCGCGCAGUUCUUCAAUAGUUAUGUGGGAACCGCCAUGAAUAAGUAUAUCUACGAAUGUGUCAGAAGGCGAGCAGUGGAUGCUCAUCUGCCCGAACUGGACGUCUACAGACCACGUAUCAGGACAUCGAGGACGAUGUCUCCAAGCGGGGAGGGCAUGUCAGGCCCAUGGCCACUAAAGAGAAGGCCGAUGUAG